AUGAAUAUGGCGCCAUUAGGUGGUGGAAUUCCUGAUGACCAAAGCCCCGGAGCUGUGGCAGAAUGGUUUGAAAAGGUGGCUGAUCAUUUACAACCCAAGUUGUCAAAACUACACUUCUAUCUUCAUAACAAUUUCACUGGGAACAAAACCACGGUGGUGCAAGUUGCUCAGGCCAACAGUACAUCCACAUCCCCAACAAGAUUCGGUCAAGUAUUGGUAUUGGACGGGCUGUUAACAGUCACACCGGACGUCAACUCGAAGGAAAUUGGUCGUGUUCAAGGGCUAUUUGUAUUCACCUCACAGGAGGAGCUGGAUUUUUCAACCACCCUUACAUUUGUGUUCUCAGACGGCAAGUACCGUGGAAGUAGCCUUCAGUUGAUUGGUUGGAGUCCAUUUGAGAAGCAGUACAGGGAGUUCCCGUUGGUCGGGGGUUCAGGCGAUCUCCGCCUGGCACAAGGUAUUGGCACCUUCCAGACCCUCGCAAGAGAUGCCGCCAGCGAAACUCUUCAAGUUGAUUUCAUCUUUUUCCAUUAUUGA